GCGGAGUCACAUGGCGGGCUCCGUGGGGCUGCGUCCUCCGUGCGGGCGUCCCUUUGUCCUGGGGAGCCGCCGUCUUGGACCAGGCUGCGUGACCUUGGCGGCUACCUCGGCCCCACCUGCCGCCCGGGGCAGACAGCACCUGGGAGGAAGGAAGCCCGCUUGUGUACACGCUCUCGGGCGUCCUUUCCCUUGCCAAGGGUGUGUGAUAGCCGCUGGGAUGUAGUGGGGACCUGACCUCGAGCCAGGUCAUUGUGAAAGACUUCAGGACAAACAUGUUUCACUUAAGGACUUGUGCUGCUAAGUUGAGGCCAUUGACGGCCUCCCAGACUGUUAAGACUUUUUCACAAAACAAACCAGCAGCCAUUAGGACGUUCCAACAAAUCCGGUGCUACUCCGCCCCGGUCGCUGCUGAGCCCUUUCUGAGUGGGACUAGUUCGAACUAUGUGGAGGAGAUGUACUGUGCUUGGCUGGAGAACCCCAAAAGUGUACAUAAGUCCUGGGAUAUUUUUUUUCGCAACACCAAUGCUGGAGCACCCCCGGGUGCUGCAUACCAGAGCCCUCUGACCCUGAGCCGAGGCUCCCUGGCCACUGCAGCCCGCACACAAUCCUUGGUAGAGGCCCAGCCCAAUGUAGACAAGCUUGUGGAGGACCAUCUGGCAGUGCAGUCACUCAUCAGGGCGUACCAGAUACGAGGGCACCAUGUAGCACAGCUGGACCCCCUGGGGAUUUUGGAUGCUGAUCUGGAUUCCUCCGUGCCCGCUGACAUUAUCUCAUCCACAGACAAACUUGAUCUUGCUGUUUUCAAGGAACGACUUCGAAUGCUAACAGUAGGAGGGUUCUAUGGCCUCGACGAGUCGGACCUGGACAAGGUCUUCCACCUGCCCACUACCACCUUCAUCGGGGGACAGGAGUCGGCAUUGCCUCUGCGAGAGAUCAUCCGUCGCCUAGAGAUAGCCUACUGCCAGCACAUCGGUGUGGAGUUCAUGUUCAUUAACGACCUGGAGCAGUGUCAGUGGAUCCGGCAGAAGUUCGAGACGCCAGGGAUCAUGCAGUUCACCAAUGAGGAGAAGCGGACGCUGCUGGCCAGGCUUGUGCGAUCCACGAGGUUUGAGGACUUCCUGCAGCGGAAGUGGUCCUCUGAGAAGCGCUUUGGUCUCGAAGGCUGCGAGGUACUGAUACCUGCCCUCAAGACCAUCAUUGACAAGUCCAGUGAGAACGGGAUCGACUAUGUGAUCAUGGGGAUGCCCCACAGGGGACGGCUCAAUGUGCUUGCCAAUGUCAUCAGGAAGGAGCUGGAACAGAUUUUCUGUCAGUUUGACUCGAAGCUAGAGGCAGCAGACGAGGGCUCCGGAGACAUGAAGUACCACCUAGGCAUGUAUCACCGCAGGAUCAACCGCGUGACCGACAGGAACAUCACCCUGUCCCUGGUGGCAAACCCUUCCCACCUGGAGGCUGCGGACCCUGUGGUGAUGGGCAAGACCAAAGCUGAGCAGUUCUACUGUGGCGACACUGAGGGAAAGAAGGUGAUGUCCAUCCUCCUGCACGGAGAUGCUGCCUUCGCUGGCCAGGGCAUCGUGUAUGAGACCUUCCACCUCAGCGACCUGCCGUCCUACACCACCCAUGGCACGGUGCAUGUGGUGGUCAACAACCAGAUCGGCUUCACCACAGACCCCCGGAUGGCCCGCUCCUCCCCCUACCCCACUGACGUGGCCCGCGUGGUCAAUGCCCCCAUCUUCCAUGUGAACGCUGAUGACCCUGAGGCUGUCAUGUACGUGUGCAAGGUUGCGGCCGAGUGGAGGAGCACCUUCCAUAAGGACGUGGUCGUCGAUCUGGUGUGCUACCGGCGCAAUGGCCACAACGAGAUGGACGAGCCCAUGUUCACACAGCCGCUCAUGUACAAGCAGAUCCACAAGCAGAAGCCAGUGCUGCAGAAGUAUGCCGAGCUGCUGGUGUCACAGGGCGUGGUCAACCAGCCUGAGUACGAGGAGGAGAUCUCCAAGUAUGACAAGAUCUGUGAGGAGGCCUUCACCAGGUCCAAAGAUGAGAAGAUUCUGCACAUCAAGCACUGGCUGGACUCCCCCUGGCCUGGCUUUUUCACCCUGGACGGGCAGCCCCGCAGCAUGUCUUGCCCCUCCACCGGCCUGGAGGAGGAUGUCCUGACGCACAUUGGGAAUGUGGCCAGCUCUGUGCCCGUGGAGAACUUCACUAUCCAUGGAGGCCUGAGCCGGAUCUUGAAGACACGCAAGGAGCUGGUGAAGAACCGUACUGUGGACUGGGCCCUGGCAGAGUACAUGGCUUUUGGCUCGCUCCUCAAGGAGGGCAUCCACGUCCGGCUGAGUGGCCAGGACGUAGAGCGGGGCACCUUCAGCCACCGCCACCACGUGCUGCAUGACCAGAAUGUGGACAAGAAGACCUGCAUCCCCAUGAACCACCUCUGGCCCAACCAGGCCCCCUACACCGUAUGCAACAGUUCCCUGUCGGAGUACGGCGUCCUGGGCUUCGAACUAGGCUUCGCCAUGGCCAGUCCCAACGCCCUGGUCCUCUGGGAGGCCCAGUUUGGUGACUUCAACAACAUGGCCCAGUGCAUCAUCGACCAGUUCAUCUGCCCAGGCCAGGCCAAGUGGGUGCGGCAGAACGGCAUCGUGCUGCUGCUGCCGCAUGGCAUGGAGGGCAUGGGCCCAGAGCACUCUUCCGCCCGCCCGGAGCGCUUCCUACAGAUGUGCAACGAUGACCCAGAUGUCCUGCCGGACCUUAGGGGAGCCAACUUCGACAUCAGCCAACUAUACGAUUGCAACUGGGUGGUUGUCAACUGUUCCACGCCUGGCAACUUCUUCCACGUGCUGCGCCGGCAGAUCCUGUUACCCUUCCGGAAGCCGUUAAUCGUCUUCACCCCCAAAUCCCUCCUGCGCCACCCUGAGGCUAGAACCAACUUUGACGAGAUGCUUGCAGGGACACACUUCCGGCGGGUGAUCCCAGAAGACGGCCCCGCGGCGCAGGACCCAGGUCGGGUGAAGCGGCUCCUCUUCUGCACCGGUAAGGUGUACUACGACCUUACACGGGAGCGUAAGACCAGGGACCUGGCUGAGCAGGUGGCCAUCACAAGGAUUGAGCAGCUAUCGCCAUUCCCCUUCGAUCUCCUGUUGGAGGAGGCGCAGAAGUACCCAAAUGCUGAGCUGGUAUGGUGCCAGGAGGAGCACAAGAACCAGGGCUACUACGACUAUGUGAAACCGCGGCUGCGGACCACCAUCAACCGCGCCAAGCCCGUCUGGUACGUGGGCCGUGAUCCCGCCGCUGCUCCGGCCACCGGCAACAAGAAAACCCACUUGACAGAGCUGCAGCGCUUCCUGGACAUGGCUUUCGACCUGGACGCCUUCAAGAAGUUCUCCUAGAUGCCCCAGGCGGGCAGGCGGUGGGGCCCCACCGCACAGAGCCCUGCUAUUCCACUAAAGCAUCAGCCUCAGGCGCCCCUCACUGCACUGCUCUCUCGCCACCACCAUCCUGCCGCUGUUGCCCCCAAGACGCUGUUGUCCAGGCUGCCCACUGCUGCCCUUAGGCUGGUGGGGAGUGGCGGGAGGAUGGCUCACCCCACCUCACCCCCAGAGCAGGAGUAGGGCCCUGGCUGACUUCCCAGAUCAUGACCAUCCUUGUCAUGUGGCAGGGUGCAGACACUCCACCUGGACUGGCGGGAGGGGGGGGGGGGCGGCUGUGUCUUACUGGGCUGAACCCAAGAAGCCCCAGGGAGCCUCAGCCCGCAGGGCUCACCAGGGCAGCCUUGGUAUGGCUGGGCACCGUGGCACGGGCACUGUUCCCUGACAUCCUUGAGAGUCCCAGUCUGGGCUCAGGGGCAGCAUCCUAUGCCACCCCUGGGAUCCUAUAACCAGUCACCAGCUGCUCCGGCCUACCCCCCGCCAUUCAUCUUCCGGCUGUACCCCAGGAACACAGUGGAGAUGCCCAUGCAUCCUUUCCCUUGCUGUGCCAAAGCAGGUCAGGAGCCGGGAGCAGGGCGGGGUGGGCCAGCAGCCCUUUGUCCGAUCACUCUGACCUCCACGGAGACAGAUCCGAUUUAUUUAUUUUGGUCAAAAAGAAAAAAAAACAAAAACAACUUUGCAUUGCAUUGGCUUGACCCAUAAACUAAGUUAUCCGUG